GGCGGCCGCAGCCGCAGCAGCAGCAGCCGGGGCGGUGGUGGCGGCUGCCGGCAGCUGUCAGCGCCCGCUCCGCCGGCGCCGACCACCGCGGCCCUGCCAGCGCCUUGCGGGAAGCGCUGGGUCCGCCGUGGUGCUGACUCGCUUCUUUCACGCCUCCCCUCCGUCUCUCCGGUCCUCUCUCCCCCCCAAAAACCCUUUUCCUUCCUCCCUUUCGCCCGCCCAUCGCUGACAUCCUCCUCCGGCCGCCUCCCCGCCCCGGGCUGCGCGGCCCCCGCCGCCCCAGCGAGCGCUGCGCACAUCGCCCGAGCUGCAGCACCGAGCGAAUGUAUGAAAACAUGUCCACAAUGGUGUAUUUAAAGGAAGAGAAGUUGGAGAAGCUUACUCAAGAUGAAAUCAUUGCCAAAACUAAGCAAGUGAUUAAUGGACUAGAGGCACUGAAGAAUGAACACAAUUCAAUUUUACAGAGCUUACUUGAAACUUUGAAAUGUUUGAAGAAAGAUGAUGAAACUAAUCUGGUUGAGGAAAAAUCAAACAUGAUUCGAAAGUCACUGGAAAUGCUGGAGCUUGGCCUUAGUGAAGCACAGGUAAUGAUGGCUUUGUCAAAUCACUUAAAUGCAGUGGAAUCAGAGAAGCAGAAGCUGCGGGCUCAGGUUCGCCGGCUGUGCCAGGAGAAUCAGUGGCUGCGGGAUGAACUCGCCAAUACCCAGCAGAAACUGCAGAAGAGUGAGCAGUCUGUGGCUCAGCUGGAGGAGGAGAAGAAACACCUAGAAUUCAUGAAUCAAUUAAAAAAAUAUGAUGAUGAUAUUUCACCAUCAGAGGAUAAAGAUUCGGAUUCCACCAAAGAGCCUUUGGAUGAUCUGUUUCCCAAUGAUGAGGAUGACCAAGGACAAGGAAUUCAACAGCAGCACAGCAGUGCAGCAGCUGCUGCCCAACAAGGGGGCUAUGAAAUUCCAGCAAGGUUACGGACCCUACAUAAUCUUGUUAUCCAGUAUGCUUCCCAAGGGAGAUAUGAGGUUGCUGUGCCUCUCUGUAAACAAGCUCUUGAAGAUCUGGAGAAGACUUCAGGUCAUGACCAUCCUGAUGUUGCCACUAUGUUGAACAUACUUGCUUUGGUGUACAGAGACCAGAACAAAUACAAAGAUGCAGCAAAUCUCCUGAAUGAUGCCUUGGCCAUCCGUGAAAAGACUUUGGGCAAAGAUCAUCCAGCGGUGGCAGCAACUCUUAACAAUCUUGCAGUACUCUAUGGUAAACGGGGGAAGUACAAAGAAGCAGAACCUUUGUGUAAGCGAGCUCUGGAAAUCAGAGAAAAGGUCCUGGGGAAAGAUCACCCUGAUGUUGCCAAGCAGUUAAAUAACUUGGCUUUGCUAUGCCAGAACCAGGGUAAAUAUGAGGAGGUUGAAUAUUACUAUCAGAGGGCACUUGAAAUCUACCAAACUAAGCUGGGACCAGAUGAUCCAAAUGUUGCAAAAACAAAGAACAAUCUGGCAUCCUGCUAUCUAAAACAGGGCAAGUUUAAGCAAGCGGAAACUUUGUACAAAGAGAUUCUUACUCGUGCUCAUGAACGGGAGUUUGGCUCUGUAGAUGAUGAAAAUAAGCCUAUCUGGAUGCAUGCAGAAGAGAGGGAAGAAUGCAAAGGAAAGCAAAAAGAUGGCACAUCUUUUGGAGAGUAUGGGGGCUGGUACAAAGCUUGCAAAGUUGAUAGUCCAACAGUAACAACUACUUUAAAGAACCUUGGGGCACUUUACAGAAGACAGGGCAAGUUUGAAGCUGCUGAAACAUUAGAAGAGGCAGCAAUGAGAUCUCGUAAACAGGGUCUUGACAAUGUUCACAAACAGAGAGUGGCCGAGGUGCUGAACGACCCCGAGAGCACGGAGAAGCGGCGCAGCCGGGAGAGCCUCAACGUGGAUGUGGUAAAGUACGAGAGCGGCCCCGACGGCGGCGAGGAAGUGAGUAUGAGCGUAGAGUGGAACGGGGAUGGCACUGGAUCCCUAAAGCGCAGUGGCUCCUUUAGCAAGCUCCGAGCCUCCCUUAGGCGCAGCAGUGAGAAGCUGGUUAGGAAGCUGAAGGGAGGAAAUUCCCGGGACAGUGAACCAAAGAACCCAGGCAUGAAGCGUGCCAGUUCUCUGAAUGUUCUUAACAUGGGUGGCAAGGCUACUGAAGAUCAUUUUCAAGAACGAAAUAAUUGUCUGACAGACUGGCGAGCUCUGAGUGUCAGUCAUUCUGAUCUGGCACACUGAGAGCUGGACAGAAGCUAGCUAAUAUUCCUUGUGAAUAAAGAAGCACUGAGACCUUCAAAGCUUUGGUUCCUCAUCCUUGUCCAUAGGAACACCUAGUUUGUAGAUGUUGUUGUUUUUUUUCCAAUGGACUGCUGUUUUUACUUUUGAAAUAGGGACAAUUUUAAACACAGCAUUAGUGAGUGUUUUCUUCUAAGGGAAAACUAUAGAUAGGUAUUGCUCAUUGCACUGCCCCUGUUCAUGCUACUUAACAUAAAUUUCUUUAAUAGAUCUGACUAUUACAGCAGCCAAAAAAAAAUAGUAAGAAAACAAACACAUUCAAUGUGUACCAAAAUGCAGUGGUGUUGGAAAAUAGAAAGAAACUGUGUGGCAGUAAAUCCAUGCAGUGCUGGAAUGAGAAAUGGAUAAAUUUAUGUGCAUUACUGUAGAAAUUCCAGUUCAGCAUUCUGUAGAGGUGGGGUUUGCCCUUGCACUGCUGAUUCUUGUAAUGGUAGAAGCCUUGGCUAGCAAACAGCACUUAGACAUGACUUAACCACUAGACUGAGCUAUUAAACCUUACAGAAGUGAUGGCUGGGGGUGAGUUACACUUAGAUAGAAUAAACAGCAACACCUGUGACCAUAACUUCUGAUGUUGCAAGUCUUAGGGCACAAUAGUCAAUGGAUAUAGGAUGGUUUGUGUACAUCAGGAGAAAUGGAAAAAACCUUUGCUUUGUGUGAUUGAAGAAUACUCAAGUUUUGGACUGCAACUGUCCCAGAGCAGCUGCUGCUGCUUUCAGGGGAGCACCGAGCCUCAGGUUGACUUUCUCGCUUGUCCACUGGAAUUCACAAUCCCAUUCUGUGUUUGCUGAAAGUGCCCAACAUUUCCUUAUGCUGAUCCCAAAUCCUGCCUUUUCCCACACCAGCUGGUGACAGCAGCAGCAGGCACUGCACGCCAGGAUGUCACACUGGAGUGGCUGCUCUGCAAGGACCACUCCCUGCUGAGGCCCUCGUGGGAGCACUCAGAGGCUGUGAGUGACCUGGGUGACCACAUAUCCGUGUUACAGGUUAAUAUAUCUGUGCUGUCUGUACACAGGACUGCUGCUGGAACAAAGUAUGUAUGUAUGUUUUAAGGAUUUUAUAGACCUUAGGAUUUCAUUUUGCUUUUCUGUAAAGCUUGUACUUUUGUUCAUCUUCUGUAAAAAUUCCUAUUUGUGUGGAGUUGGAUAAGAAAGUAAAAAAAAAAAACAAGCAGUGUGUGUAAAAAUGUAUUUGUGGUCAUAGUUGGGAGUUGGAAAAUGUCUAACAAAAUUAACUUUGGGAAAAGCUGGAAAAUUCAUUCAAAGUCAGCACCAACUGAAGAAUACAAGAACAUAGGAAAGUUUUAGUAUUUGAACAGUAAUUAGAAUUAGUACUUAGUAGGAGUUUCUGACUGGGCUUGCGCCUGGUUCUAAGUUGGUUCCAGUAAGUGAUGCAGGAGCUGUCUGUGUAAUGCACUUCCCAAUGUUUACCAGGAGGUACCGACUGAGCCUCUCUGCAGAGGCAGCCGUGCCUGGUGCUCCUGCUUUGGAGACAGUGUAGGAAUGCUGAGACAAUGCUGCUAAUCGUUUUGUAGAAGUUUGAGCACAUAGUGCAAUUCCUUAAUGAACUCGAGCAGGAACAGGUUGUUGCUCGUUUAUCUUAACAAUAGAUACUCAUAUAAUGUUGACUCUUGAGUUUUAAUCUUUUUAUUAAGAGCUUUUUAUAUUAAAAAAUAUGUAAUAUAUAUACUUCUUUUUCCCCCCCCUAAAGUAAAACGUGCUCUGUGCCCCUGCUGGCUGACUGGGCUGGCUUUGCUCAAAGAGCUGGCUCAGGCUGCCAGGCCAGGGGGGCCCUUGUGCAGCCCCCACCCCUCUGGAGUCUCCAAAAAAACCCCACAGAACUAUUCAGACACAAAAUGUUUUGGUAGUAAGGAAUUACUUAAACUGAAGGAUGUGAUUCCCACAUUCAGCUUUGAAACAGAAUUCUUUGCAACUUCUCAAACCCCCAGCCCUGUGUAAAUAAGCAAUAAGUUAUGUAACCAUGCCAAAUGACAAUGUACAGUGAGUUUGAAAGUGCUAGACUGUGGUUUGUAGAGGGUGAUGGUGAGGGAAAUUUCCUGGUCAAGAUCUUGCUGGUGGUGGCAUUAUUAAUACUGUGCUUCUAAAUGUUCUAAUCCUUUAUGUAGUAUUUCAAAGUGUGAUGGAAGGUUAAGUUGUUGAGCUAAUGCAUAUUAAACAACUUUUAUAUUUAAGAGGUUCUUUUUUUUUUCUGAGAAGAAACAAAUUUCAAGAGUUCUUUAAUCCAUAAUCCCUGAGAAUAGUAGCCAAGUCCUUACUGUUAGGAGCCAGUGAGCUGUUAGCAGUUUGAGAACUUUAAAAAAACACAAAGCAAAUCAAAGUCAACAUUCCCUGUGUUUGAAGCAUGGAUGAGUUACUGUCAGGACAUGGUUUAUGUAUAUUUAUAUUUCAGACAGGCUUCUCAGUUCACUUUUAUGCAAGAUUUUCUUUCUGGAUUUCCAUUUGUAAGGUUGUAGUUAUAGCUAAGAGUCUGCAUAAAGAAUAUAUCCAGAAUAUCCAGUUGUAUAAUUCUGGGAUGUCUUCAGCACCAAAUCAAAUCAGCAGCUCUGAUGAAA